GAGACGUUCCCUCAGGCGGGCGACGCCGCUGUGAGGCGGGAAAGCGGCCGGGCGGCCCUGAGGAGCGAAGGGGGCAGCAGCGCUUCCCUCCCAGGCGGGGCGCUCCGCUUCGCUAGCCUCGGCGGGGACCCGAGAUGCCUUCGCCGCCACCGCCGCCUCCUCCUUCGGUGCCCUGAAGCGGGCUGACUCUUCCCCGCCAGUCCCAAGUUCCCGGCCGGCGGAGCCACCAUGAGGAGCGGCGAGGACCUGGAGGGCUUCGACGGCGAGGCGUCCAGCACCUCCAUGAUCUCGGGCGCCAGCAGCCCUUACCAGCCCACCACCGAGCCCGUCAGCCAGCGCCACGGGCUCCGCGGCCUCCGCUGCGACCCCGACUACCUGAAGGGAACCCUGGGCAGGCUCAAGAUCGCCCAGGUGAUUUUGGCAUUGAUUUCCUUCAUCUGCAUAGAGACCAUAAUGGAAUGCUCCCCCUGUGAAGGCCUUUAUUUCUUUGAAUUCGUCAGCUGUAGUGCAUCCGUCGUUACCGGAGUUCUGUUGCUUAUGUUCAGUCUGAAUCUCCACACAAGAAUACCGCAGAUCAACUGGAACAUUACAGAUUUGGUCAAUACUGGACUCUGCACUUUCUUCUUUUUCAUUGCAUCUGUAGUACUUGCUGCUUUGAACCAUAAAAAAGGAGCAGAAAUAGCAGCUGUGAUAUUUGGUUUCCUGGCAACUGCAGUCUAUGCUGUGAAUUCAUUUUUAGCCGUUAAAAACUGGAGAAUUAACAGCCGGCAGCAAAACACACGGCAGACCAGUGAUUAUAUGCGGGCGCGGACAGAAUCGAGAGAAGUAGAUCACCGCCCAGAGAUUCAGCGCCUGGAUGGGUGAAGGAAGCUUGCGUGCAGAGUGGGAACCCCAAAGGAAAAAUAAAACAGAACAAAAACCAUUAAUAGAAGCCUGCAGACCUUUUACAAUUUCCCCCACUUUUAUAGGAAAUGAAGGAGGAGUGUGUGGUGGCAGAGAGCACCAGCAUAUACAAAGAGAGGGAAGAGGAUCAACAAUUGGAAGCAGUUGGCUUGAGGGCUGUAAAAAUGGACCUUUUCAGAUGAAGAUUUUUGUCUACAAUCAUGAAGAAUGGUGAUGAGAUUUUAGCGCAAACAACUGUGUGGUGCACCAUUCUUUCUUGAGUUAACAAAUCCAUGGAGGGACUUGAUUUCCAUCAUCCAGUAGGAACGUUAGAAUCAACACUGGCCCUGGAUUGUUCUUUGGAAACGAAGGGUUUCCAAUAAACAGAUGUUUUACAUUUGGGGGGGAGGGAAGAAUCCAAAGGAGCAAUAGCAAUAACAUGAAAUACUAUGUGCAUUUCCCUUAGCAAGAUCUGAUGGUGACUCUUCGUUUCUUACACUCCUAAUGAUUGAUUGUGUACCUACAAACAGACAGCCAUGUCAGGUUUUUGGCUGGGGGUUUGGGAUGAUAGCAAUGAAAUAAGCUUUGGACUACCCAGAAAGCCCAAUGCUUGUUCUUUUUGAGACCACAGCUAGCUAUGAACUAAGCCUGAUGCUACCACAGCUAGCUAUGAACUAAGCCUGAUGCUACCUGAAUGCUAUCACAUUCUUUUCCUUUUCCCUCUAGAAAGAGACCAUAGAGGUCCAGGUCCAUUUCAGUUUGUGGAGCAAAACUAAAUAAUGCAAAGGCAAUUUUGAGUCCUUUCUGUUUGUCAAGGUAUUUAGCGCAGUGAAGGUAUCUUGACAAAUUUUAACACUCAUUUUGUCAGCGUCGCUGCGUUCUUGAAAUUGUGUGGUUAUUUUGAGAGUUUGAUUUGCAUGGCUGUACACUUCAGUUGUUCAAAUUAGGUCUUUUUUCUGAAUUAAAAUACUUUGAAUAAUUU